UUCCUGGCCGGGUUCCAGGUCGGCGCACUAAUACAAGCUGCGAGGCUCCCGCCUGACUGACGCCGGCGGAGGCUGCCUGCUCGCUUGCUGCUGCUGCUGCUGCUGCUUUCGCGCUGGCCCUUGCCGCCGCCGGGUUACUGCAGCCGCGUCCCUUUGCAUGAAUUGUUCGAUAUUGGGAGACGCUUGCGAUGAAAUAUCUCUAACAACACCUUGGGUAUGUGUGGACGAGCCUGAUUUUGAAAGCAGCUGUCCUCCCAGUGCUGAAAUUUAGGCCUCAUUUUUUUAAAAAAAGAAAGAAAGAAAGAGCUACAUAUCUGGUGUCUUGCUUUGCAAUCAUACGUAUUAUCUCCGAUUCAUAUGCACUCCAGCACCUCGAUCAGUUCUUUGUUCUCCUUCACCAGCCCGGCUGUGAAGAGACUGCUGGGCUGGAAGCAAGGAGAUGAAGAGGAGAAGUGGGCGGAAAAGGCUGUUGACUCCUUGGUGAAGAAGCUAAAGAAGAAGAAGGGAGCCAUGGAGGAACUGGAGAGGGCGCUCAGCUGCCCCGGGCAGCCCAGCAAGUGUGUGACAAUCCCGCGGUCUUUGGAUGGGCGGUUGCAAGUGUCUCAUCGCAAAGGGCUGCCCCAUGUCAUCUACUGCAGAGUGUGGCGCUGGCCUGACCUGCAGUCUCACCAUGAACUGAAAGCACUGGAAUGUUGCGAGUUUCCGUUUGGCUCAAAGCAGAAAGAAGUGUGCAUUAAUCCUUAUCAUUAUCGACGCGUGGAAACACCAGUGUUGCCUCCGGUUCUGGUUCCAAGACAUAGUGAGUUCAACCCUCACCUCAGCCUCCUUGCCAAAUUCCGGAACGCAUCUCUUCACAGUGAGCCGCUGAUGCCUCAUAACGCGACCUACCCUGAUUCUUUUCAGCAUCCUCCAUGCCCCCCUCUCCCGGCGUCCCCCAACAUGUUCUCUCAGUCCCCUAGCAGCAUGAACUACCCGGACUCCCCCAGAAGUUCCUCUACACCAGGAAGUCCUUAUCAACUUACAGUCGAAACGCCACCUCCGCCUUACAACGUGAGAGAAACACCAGGAAACCACCAUGGACGCUCUGUGCAUGCAACCCCAGAGAAUCAGUUAGUCCUGUCAUUGCCCAAUGGAGGUAAAUCUGCCGAUGGAGGACCUGAAAACUUCCGGCCCGUUUGCUACGAGGAGCCGCAGCACUGGUGUUCGGUAGCGUACUAUGAACUCAACAACCGAGUCGGAGAGACUUUUCAGGCCUCUUCGCGAAGCAUACUGAUAGAUGGCUUUACAGAUCCGUCGAACAAUAAGAACAGGUUCUGCCUUGGGCUGCUGUCUAACGUGAACAGGAAUUCCACUAUAGAAAACACCAGGAGGCACAUAGGAAAGGGUGUCCACCUGUAUUACGUGGGGGGAGAGGUGUACGCAGAGUGCGUGAGCGACAGCAGCAUCUUUGUACAGAGCCGCAACUGCAACUACCAGCACGGCUUCCACCCUGCCACCGUCUGCAAAAUCCCCAGCGGCUGCAGCCUGAAGAUUUUCAACAACCAGCUCUUUGCCCAGUUGCUGGCCCAGUCUGUGAACCACGGCUUUGAGGUGGUGUAUGAGCUGACCAAGAUGUGCACCAUCCGAAUGAGCUUCGUCAAAGGCUGGGGAGCGGAGUAUCAUCGGCAGGAUGUCACAAGUACUCCGUGCUGGAUCGAGAUCCACCUGCAUGGACCAUUGCAAUGGCUAGAUAAGGUGCUGACGCAAAUGGGGUCACCUCAUAACCCAAUCUCCUCUGUUUCUUAAGAACCCUCUACCAACCACCUAUGGGAUGCAGAACUUUCUCACGUUACAGCCAACCUAAAUUUCUGUAUGUAGCUGUAAAUAUAUGAAGGUUUAUGUAUAUAGUAUAUUGUUGGUGGAUUUUUGUCACGCUAUGUUCAGUGUUUUUCAGUUCAUAAGAUGGUUGUAUGAUCCGUUGUGUUGCUGCCUGCUGACAAAGGUAUUGAUGUUUGGGUUUGGCAGGCCAGUUUGUGGUUAAUGGAAUAAGACCAGUGUUAUUUGUAUUAUUAAAGGUAAAGGGACCCCUGACCAUUAGGUCCAGUCACGGACGACUCUGGGGUUGCAGCGCUCAUCUCACUUUAUUGGCCGAGGGAGCCGGUGUACAGCUUCCGGGUCAUGUGGCCAGCAUGACUAAGCCGCUUCUGGUGAACCAGAGCAGCGCACGGAAACACCGUUUACCUUCCCGCUGGAGCGGUACCUAUUUAUCUACUUGCACUUUGACGUGCUUUCAAACUGCUAGGUUGGCAGGAGCUGGGACCGAGCAAGGGGAGAUCACCCCGUCAUGGGGAUUCGAACCGCCGACCUUCUGAUCGGCAAGCCCUAGGCUCUGUGGUUUAACCCACAGCGCCACCCGCAACCCUCAUUUGUAUUCUUAAUAAAUAAAUAAUAAUUUAAUAAAAUUAUGCACUAAGCGAAGUUAAAUUCUACAGGCCCAUAUGCAUUUUGCAAAUCAAGCAAAGUUGGCUUGUAAAAACCUUGUUAGAAUAGAUGAAGCUCCAUCUAGUCGACUUUCUGCAAUAGUCAACCAGUUGCCUCUGGAAGCUCAGCAGUGGACGGCUUUGAAUACCCUCUGUUUUGCCCCUGGCAGGGCAGUACUCAACACAGAAUGUGUUGCCUCUGAUCGCAGAGAUUCCAUUUAUUUGUCACAAAUAAAUAGCAUUUGCAGGCCUGCCCUCCAUUAAAUGGCCUAUUUGUCAUUAUUUGGGGUAAUUUAUUGCACCUUUGUCAGUCAUGGGAAGGGAACAAAACUGUUUGGCAAGGAAACCCCACCCUCCAAUCUCAUAGAAGUUGUGCCGAUUCUUCACACAAACAUAGCACUGUCCCCAAGUUUUCAACCAUGCUGUGCCCACAUCAUUUCAAGCCUUAAGUUUUAAAAUUUGCUUUUCAAAAGAAGGAUAGUUCCAGUGCUGGAACUAUGUGUUAUACUAAACAGAUGGCUGGUGCUUGCACAUCUAAUUCUCACCUCCCGCGCCGGGGUUUGUUUGUUGUUGUUUUUUCAUGCGAUGUAUUAUGCCUAUUUAGUUAAGAAGACAGUACUGUAGUGUGACCAGUAAUUUCCCUAGAACAAUUAUCCUAAUACGCUCGGCCCUGGGCAUUUCCCCAUGCUCCCCCACAUCAUCCAAGGCACAUGUAGCCGCUGCUGAACACAGCCAGUGUUUUUAGUUCUCCCCCCUGCAGUGUUGUGUAGGACAAAGUUCCUGUGUCGUGGCAUCAAGAAAUUGCGCAACUCCUCCUCCACACCCUCUUUGUUUAUGUGUGUGUGGUGGGGGACAUGCACCAUCAUAUCAGGACAUGAGUACAGUCACACCUCGGGUUAAGUAUGCUUCAGGUUGAGUACUUCCGAUGGGAAAGUUCGCUUCAGGUUAAGUACGCUUCAGGUUAAGUACAGACUUCCGGAACCAAUUAAGUACUUAACCUGGGGUACCACUGUUUUCAGUACUGGGUAUUAACAGGUUUAUGCAUUUUCUUUAAUGCCCUAAAUGUUUCCGGCAACUGCUUCUUGCUUACUGCAAUAUGUAGUACCUUCCUUGAAUUCUCUAGAUAACUUUUUUCACGUAAAAUGUCCAAUUCUGCAUUUUUGUGUAUGUGAAAGGGAGAAUUAACAUAAUAGUGAAAUGCAAAAGAACAGAUUUAAAAGGCUGUAAUUGAGGGGUGGGCAGAAAGUAGAUUGUUUAGUCAUUUAGUCAUGUCUGACUCUUCGUGACCCCAUGGACCAGAGCACGCCAGGCACUCCUGUCUUCCACUGCCUCCUGCAGGGUCUUUUCCAGGGAGUCUUCUCUUCUCAUGAUGUGGCCAAAGUAGUGGAGCCUCAGCUUCAGGAUCUGUCCUUCCAGUGAGCACUCGGGGCUGAUUUCCUUAAGAAUGAAUAGGUUUGAUCUUCUUGCAGUCCAUGGGACUCUCAAGAGUCUCCUCCAGCACCAUAAUUCAAAAGCAUCAAUUCUUCGGCCAUCAGCCUUCUUUAUGGUCCAGCUCUCACUUCCAUACAUCACUACUGGGAAAACCAAAGCUUUAACUAUACGGACCUUUGUCGGCAAGGUGAUGCCUCUGCUUUUGAAGAUGCUGUCUAGGUUUGUCAUUGCUUUUCUCCCAAGAAGCAGGCAUAUUUUAAUUUCGUGAGUGCUGUCACCAUCUGCAGUGAUCAUGGAACCCAUGAAAGUAGAUUAGGAUCUGCUAAUAGAUCUUGGGGCGAUAGGCAGUAGAUCAGAAAGGGACAUGGAGAAAGCUAACAAGGAGUAGACUUUUAUGGGAAAGGACUGCGAGCUCCGUUCAUUUCUACCGGUAGUACCUAAAACAAAUUCCUGGGCUCAGAAUGUGUUCAGACAGGAACUCUUGUGUCUUUUGCACCCGGCUCUGACUAGUAGAUCUUGGGGCUUUAGAAAAAAAGUAGCUCCAGCAACCCUGAAAUGUGGUUAUCCCCUACUCUAUAUUCAGUUGUCACAGUCUUUUUUUUGCAUUUCAUUGCCAGUUAGCUCCAUCUUUCUGAAUCGGACAGAUUAUUGCUAUUGCUACAAAUGUGCAUCUCUGCUGCUUAUUGGGAUUUUGAGGGAAUAGGAGAAAAGAAACAGGUUAUCAAAAUGUACACAAGUAGAAAAAUAGAUAUGGACAACAUUUAAUGGUAUCUUACGAGUGCACCUCAUCUUCAGACAGAAUUAGUUAUACCUAGGAUUGCUAGUCUCUACCUCAAAAAAGUAAAGAUGUUUCAAAAAAUGGCAGGAUGCACAUUGCUUUAAAAUAUAGAAACCUCAUAGUUUCCUGUAUUUGAUGCAAACAUGGUGGAUUCUUUCUCUCACCAAACAGUAUCUAGGUUACUUGUUUCACAGUCUAAUUAGUGCAGGAUAUAUUUUGGGGGGGUAUCUUCUUACACUUGCUGCGCUAAGAAUCAAAUGAGUGUUCUUUUUGCACCUUCCAGAAGUUGUGUAGCACAUGACAGCAGUGGUAAUUAUGAGCACAGACUCUGAAAUAUCACUGGACUGCCAGCAUCCUUAAUUUCCAAUGUUUCUAAUAAUGGACAGUUAAUGACUAUUAAAUCAUCCUUAGCUUCUAAGUCUGAGGCUCUCUUCAGCCACUAAGAGCAGAAGUAACUGAACCCAGCACAUAGAAAUCAACUAAUUACUGCCACAGUGGAGCUGGGGGGUUGGGGAGAGCCAAACCAUUUCCUUCAAUAUUCCGUUCCGGCUCGUCAUAUAGAAAUGGCCCCUUUAAAUAGUACUUUUUGUACCAAGUUAUCAACCAGUAUAAAAAUUUAUAGCCUUUCAAUGUUCUCAUAAAUAUGCCAUCUGUUGAGAUGUGCUGCCCGAUUUAAAAGCCGUUUACUAGAAAAGCUAUUUAUCGAUGGCCAGUUUAAGGAAAAGACAUGUUUUAAGGCAGUUAUGUGUGUGUCAACAAUUCCAAUCACAUCAAAGCCUCUUGUGGAAAAUCUUUUAUCAUUGUGGAGCUAUGAGUGUUCUGUCAUUAUUAUUUUUUAAUGCACCCUAGUGUUCAGGCCUAUUAAGAAAUUACCUGCACAAUAAUUCUCACAGGAAGGUAGUGGAUGAGUUGCUGCUAGUAUUUUAUUGGUGUUCAUUGAAUAUUCCUAGUGAAUAUAAGGUGGUCUAAUAGGCCUUUUAUUCUCAGGUUUUGUUUUAAGUUGCCUGCAUGGCUCAGUGAACUAGCUUUGCUGGAGUAAAAAAUUAAACUUGUAAUGCAUAAAUGAUGGAGGUAAAAUGUCAAUGGUAUCGCAGGAUAAUGUUGGCUGGAUCUUGUGGUGGUGAAGCAUAAACAUUGUUUUAUGAGUAAUAAAGCAGAGGGCUUUUUUCUUUUGCAUUUGAAAAGAGUGCUUACCUGCAGCCACCAGUAACCACAGCUAGAGGAUCCUUUGGUCAGAACACGUGCCUUUCAGGUUUGAGAUCCGGCAUUGUACAUUGUAGAAAUGAAGGGCCACGCUACAGCCUUUGGGGAACACUCCCACAUAAUGAACUGCUGUGAUCAGAAGCAUCUCAUCCCACUGCCUAAAAUGAAGGAUUCCUAGACACAGAUUACCAGACCAUAGUUUUUAACCAAGAGGUAAUUGUAGCUGAAACGUCAUAUGGAACAAUGAACACAUGUCAGUUUUCAUGGGCAGACCUUUAAUGUACCAUGAGUGAAGACAGGUUCUUCAACUAACUGCAAGGAGUUCUGUUGCAUCGAGCCAAAAGUCUAAUCCAGUCCAGUAUCUUGUUUCCAACCGUGAUCCGGCAGAUAUUUCCAGGAUGUUUCCAAAGGACAUGAAGGCAGUCUUCCUCUGUCGUUUGUUGGUAUUCAGAGACAUUCUGCCUUUAACCAUACUGCUUCCAUUCAACAGUACAGUUGGCAGUUUUGAACUCUGGGGAAUGGUCUCCUUGAGUGGGCUUUUUUUUUUAAAGCUAGCAAUGCAUGUUACUUAAAAGUGGUCUUCCGAGCGGGUCUCUUCAAAAUGUGGUCAACCAGCCUUGCACUGCACUUUCUGCUAAUUUUGCUGAGUGGAGCUCUUAGCCUUUUGGCUUAGAGUCGUGCUCUGAGUGCCCCAUGGCUAAUACCGGUAGUUGUUGGUCGCCCUAUCCCAGGCAUAGGCAAACUCUGGCCCUCCAGAUGUUUGGGAUUACAUUUCCCAUCAUCCCUAGCUAACAGGACCAGUGGUCAGGGAUGAUGGGAAUUGUAGUCCCAAACAUCUGGAGGGCUGGAAUUUGCCUGUGCCUGCCCUAUCCAAAGCAUUUUUAAAAAGCCAUUUCUACAGUCCAUCCCCUUGUGGUGUGACAGCUGGAUGUAAACUACCUGUGGAAAUAGUACUUCAUUUUGCCUAAGCCAAUUGUCCAAGUCAAUUGUGGGAACAAGCUCAUAGUGAAAACCUUAAGAGAUGCUUCUUAAGUCUUCCUCCCAAAGUCACAAAUGUAGACAUUAAAAGAUGCAUACUGGACUGCAAUCAUCACACUAUAUAGAUUAUUUCUUCCAGUUUAUGUGAAUUUUACAGUCAAAUACCAUAUUUGGAUUCUCAGAACUAAAUCCCACUAAAUUCAAUGGUGCUUACUCAAAUAAAUAAAAUAAAAUAAAGCUUCGACUUAUUCAAGGUUGUAAUUAAUAUCAGAAAAGCUUAUUAAGGCUGCAGUUUUAUACACAGCUGGAAGGCAAUCCCAAUUAACUACAUGACACUUGCUUCCAAGUGGACAUGUAGAAAAUGUUACUACAUAAAUGUUCCUAAGUUACCGAAGAGGUUUUAUUUUUUCUUGUGCAACACUAAUUUUCAAGAAUAUGUAAUUUUAUGCAAUUUGACAAUUUCCAUCAACUUCAUUUGAAACAUUGUGAAAUAUAUGCAUAACAGUAGUGUCUGGGUAGAUGGGCAUUUAAAUCCUAUAUUGAAUUAUUCAGUACUAAACCCAUACAUCUAACAUGGCAAGUAAAAUUGCUUCGAGAAUGUAGGAAAUUGAGAAACGUUGCUCAUAAUGUGUAUUUGUAUAAUUACUGUUUUGUAAUUUAUUAAAUGCUGUGUGUGCCUGACUUUUCUGGGAGAUUCCUUAGGCUGGCUGAGUGUGUAAACAGCCAUGCAUCUGAAUAGAGAAGUAAUCAAUCCCUUUCACUGAACCGUUUCCAGGAAUCCCUUUACUAAUAACAACACAAAGGAUUCUGCAGAUCACAUUUUCCAUAUGCUAUACAUUUGGGUGAGGAACCAGAAAAAGCUGGUGCCUCCAGUAGGUGACUCAGAAUACUGGAUGCACUAAAUUGGUCAAUUCAAUCCCCUGAAGAGGCACAAACAGAAGCCAAAGAACAAAGAUCUCUCUCAUCCUUGAAGAUUUUGACUUAGUUGUCCAAAAUACUAAGAAAAAAAUAUAACUUUGCUAAGCAUGGUAUCAGGCUUCCAAUAAAACAGAGACACUUCUGUAGCUUAUUCCCAUAGCACUAAAGGAGGGGAAAGGACAUUCUUGCAUCGCUCUUCUGGAAAUAGGGACUAGGUGAGCUUCUGCCCAGUCAGGAAUUCUCUGCCUAUUAGUGACCCUAAAAUAUAGCAAGUGGAUAGGGUGAGAGCACUAACAGCAGCGGCCAGUGUUUAAUGGGCCCAAUUAGGUACAACUACAGCUGUGGUUUGUCAUGUUAAUAGCUACCCAAAUAUAAAGAGACCAUUAUUCCUCCUUCAGACAUUACCCUGUGGAAUAUGGUUUAAAAACAAAAAGCUGGAUAGUAAUCUGUCUUGUAGAUUUGGUGGUGCUUCCCUUACUAUAACUUGAAUCUAGACUGUUAUUUGUGAAUAUUUUUAACGUGCAGAACAUUUCAUUGUUUCCCUUGAUUUUGUCUCUCGACUGAGUAAAACAAUCACAAAUAAGGUUGUAAAUCAGUUACACAUGACAGCUAUCUGUAACAAAUCCAUCUUCCUUGUAGCAGAAUUUCAUUCGGGCCCCAGUAUCCUUUGAUUAGUAAACAAAUAAAUAUAUACUGAUAGAUAAUUGCCAGAGAGAUUAUCUUCAUUCAGGAUAUGACCUAUGGAUUUGUAACUAAUUCGGAAGGUAUAAGUAGAUGUACUCAAGUAUACAUGAUAAUUAUGAGUCCGAAUACAUACUACUACAUCUGAUAUUUAAUCUAGAGAAGCAGGAAGAAACCACAAUUCACUUCUUGGGUAAAUUAAAGCAUACCUAACACCCCAGAACAUAAACUCACCUACCUAUGCAUGUGGCUUUGCAAAGGUUUCAUUUUUGACACCCAAUAGUCAUAGCCAAGUUGAAUGUGAAAUUGCAGCUGGAAAACAAUGCAAUAUAAAUUGUUCUCUCUGAUUGGUUUCUUUCUGCAGCGUCCUCCAUCACUAUAACAGCCAGAUCAAAAGCUGCUACAAGAAAUGUUCCUUAGUUCUUGCAGACAGGUUGCAGCAGACAGCUCUACAAUGUUGACUAUAGUGUUCCUAGUAACUUUGCCUAAGGACUUUUAAGGGAGCAACCCCAAUCUCUCUGAAAGCUGGCUUAUGGGGCCUUGAGAAGCAGAGAAAGCGCUGCUCCACCAGCAGGGAGUGAUACCUCUGUAAAUGAAAUGCUGGAAGAAGCCCCCUAAUAUACCAGUGCAAAGUUCCACCAGGGCAAAAUGUUCUCCCAGUAGAGUAGGGGGAAGCAGGUUAUGUUAGGGUGUGCCCAGAGCUCCUUUGUUUCACAAACAAACAAAGGGACACUAUACCCUCACUUUGACUAAAAUGGAAAGGAGGAAGAAAAAAUGUCCCUACUUUCUGCCUUGCCACAGAAAAAAACUGCAGGAAAACUGAUAUGGCAGCUGCUGUGCCCAGACACAGUCCUUUACACUUACCUAGAGAUAAGCCCUAUGGAAUUCAGUAGGGCUUACUGUUGAGUGUUACGCAAUUGCAGUGUUAGUCAAACAUUGUUUAACCCCAGAAUUCAAAGCCACACUCAAAUCUGUAAACAGGCACUGAAAAGCUCUACUGUCACUGUGGGCAGUUAGACUAGUUGAGUAACAAAGCAGAUGUUUGUUUCCUAUAGCUUCUUGUUUAAAGGCUGGCCAGUUAAUAAAUUUGACACGCUGUCAUAAACAACUUAAAUUUUGUUGGCUAGAAUUGCCCUGCUGUACCAGUGAUAAAAUUUUGUCUUUACUGUUAAUAAAGUUACUCUAUAAAUAA